UUCAAAAAAUAUAUCUCCUUCCCGAACUUGUGCAAACCACGCGCCCCUUUUACGGGCUUGCCCCACCUUUACAUUUACAACCUAAAAAAAAACACAACACCGCCUACAAUAAUAUUCUUAUAUUAUUCAAAAAAAAAAUUCUUAUAUUCUCAAAUUAGUCAAACUUUCUCAUCAAAUCACAUCCGUCCUUUUACCCUUCUUCAUCCAUCAACGGCAGAAACCUCUCCAUACUAGCCGCGUCACACUAGAUAAUUCCUCGAAAAGCUGAAAAAAUAUUCCCAAAAAAUAACAAAAACAGACAUAAAUAUCACCAUUUUCCAUCUUCUUCUUCGCCAUUUUUUUUUCUCUGAAUUUUAUUUCAUUUCCCCAAAAAUAUCGUCAUGAUAGGAACGACGUCGUCUCUGUCUCCAUUGCUAAGAGCAGCACGUUUACUUUCUCUCUCCUCUGCUUCUUCAUCGUCGUAUUAUUCUCCUUCUUCUAGAAUCUUCUCGGCCGUUCAAUCUCAGCCGGUUUCCGGUUACCGAUUUUCAUCUGGUCUCCGAUCUAUUGCUUCCUCCACUUCCCGGUGGAGUCACGGUACUGACUGGCGAUCUCCGGUCACUAUUAGGUCUCAGAUUGCUUCUUCUCCUCCUACUCCUCUUGAACGAUUCCAACGCAGAAUCGCAACUAUGGCUGCUGAGCAUCCUUACAAGGAAAUCUUCACCAGUUUGCCCAAACCAGGUGGUGGUGAAUUUGGAAAGUAUUACAGUCUUCCAGGUCUAAACGAUCCAAGAGUUGAGAAGUUACCUUACUCUAUUCGGAUCCUUUUGGAGUCAGCCAUUCGUAACUGCGAUGGCUUUCAAGUUACAAAGGAGGAUGUUGAGAAAAUCAUUGACUGGGAAAACUCAGCACCUAAGCUAGUUGAAAUUCCCUUUAAACCCGCUCGUGUCCUUUUACAGGAUUUUACUGGUGUGCCAGCUGUGGUUGACUUGGCUGCAAUGAGGGAUGCCAUGAAGAACCUUAACAAUGACCCUAACAAGAUCAAUCCAUUGGUUCCUGUGGAUCUUGUCAUUGAUCAUUCAGUGCAAGUUGAUGUAGCAAGGUCUGAGAACGCAGUUCAGGCAAAUAUGGAACUCGAGUUUAAGAGGAAUGGAGAGAGGUUUGGUUUCCUAAAAUGGGGAUCAACUGCUUUCCGUAACAUGCUUGUUGUUCCACCUGGUUCUGGAAUUGUGCACCAGGUCAAUUUGGAGUAUCUUGGACGAGUUGUUUUCAACAACGAGGGACUUCUUUAUCCAGAUAGUGUUGUUGGUACCGAUUCACACACAACUAUGAUUGACGGGCUAGGUGUUGCUGGUUGGGGUGUUGGAGGAAUCGAAGCUGAGGCAACUAUGCUUGGUCAGCCCAUGAGCAUGGUUUUACCUGGUGUUGUUGGAUUCAAGAUGACUGGUAAACUACGUGAUGGUGUCACAGCCACAGAUCUGGUUUUGACAGCAACACAAAUGUUGAGGAAGCAUGGUGUUGUUGGCAAGUUUGUCGAGUUUCAUGGUCAGGGAGUGGGUCAGUUGUCACUUGCUGAUAGGGCUACUAUUGCCAACAUGUCUCCUGAAUAUGGGGCAACUAUGGGUUUCUUCCCUGUGGAUCAUGUUACUUUGGAUUACCUAAAAUUGACUGGAAGAAGUGAUGAGACUGUUUCUAUGAUUGAGCAAUAUCUACGGGCAAAUAAGAUGUUUGUUGACUACAGUGAGCCUCAACAAGAUAGAGUUUAUUCAUCAUAUCUUGAGCUGGAUUUAGCAGAAGUCGAGCCAUGCAUGUCAGGACCAAAACGGCCACAUGACCGCGUUCCCCUGAAGGAAAUGAAGGCUGAUUGGAAUUCGUGUCUUAACAACAAAGUUGGUUUUAAGGGUUUUGCUAUUCCCAAAGAAGAGCAGGAUAAAGUUGCUAAGUUUUCAUUCCAUGGCCAGCCUGCUGAAUUGAAGCAUGGUAGUGUUGUCAUAGCAGCUAUAACAAGUUGCACAAACACAUCAAACCCAAGUGUUAUGUUGGGUGCUGCUUUGGUCGCUAAGAAAGCUACUGAGUUGGGUUUGGAGGUCAAGCCAUGGGUUAAAACCAGUCUUGCUCCUGGAUCUGGAGUAGUUACAAAAUAUCUGGAGAAGAGUGGUCUGCAGAAAUACUUGGAUCAACAGGGCUUCAACAUUGUUGGUUAUGGUUGCACAACUUGUAUUGGAAACUCUGGUGAUCUAGAUGAAUCUGUUUCUGCCGCUAUUUCUGAGAAUGAUAUUGUGGCAGCAGCUGUGCUUUCUGGUAACCGUAAUUUUGAAGGUCGUGUUCACCCUUUGACACGAGCCAAUUAUCUUGCUUCUCCUCCAUUGGUUGUUGCUUAUGCAUUGGCUGGAACUGUUGAUAUUGACUUUGAUAAAGAUCCUAUUGGUACUGGGAAGGAUGGGAAGAGUGUUUACUUCAGAGACAUUUGGCCUAGCAAUGAUGAGAUAGCUCAGGUUGUGCAAUCAAGCGUACUGCCCGACAUGUUCAAAAGUACCUAUGAAGCUAUCACUAAGGGGAACCCAAUGUGGAAUUCUCUGGAAGUUCCUGCUGGCACCCUCUACAAGUGGGACUCAAAUUCCACAUACAUACAUGAACCCCCAUAUUUCAAGAAUAUGAGCUUGAAUCCACCUGGACCUUUUGGAGUAAAGGAUGCCUAUUGUCUUCUCAAUUUCGGCGACAGUAUCACUACCGAUCAUAUCUCACCAGCAGGGAGCAUCCACAAGGAUAGUCCUGCAGCCAAGUUUUUACUAGAACGUGGGGUUGAUCGCAAAGAUUUCAACUCAUAUGGUAGCCGUAGAGGCAAUGAUGAAGUGAUGGCAAGGGGUACCUUCGCAAACAUUCGCAUUGUAAACAAGCUCUUGAAUGGAGAAGUGGGUCCAAAAACAAUUCACAUUCCAACUGGGGAGAAGUUGUAUGUCUUUGAUGCUGCAAUGAGGUACAAGGAGGCUGGUCAUGACACCAUUGUCCUAGCCGGUGCUGAGUAUGGAAGUGGUAGUUCAAGGGAUUGGGCUGCUAAAGGUCCAAUGUUGCAGGGCGUGAAAGCUGUGAUCUCUAAGAGUUUUGAGAGGAUCCACCGUAGUAAUCUUGUAGGUAUGGGAGUUAUCCCGCUAUGCUUCAAGGCUGGUGAGGAUGCUGAAACAUUAGGGCUAACCGGUCAUGAGAGAUACACAAUUGACCUCCCUUCUAAAGUUAGCGAGAUUAGACCAGGACAAGAUGUCACAGUAACAACUGACAAUGGAAAGUCCUUUGUUUGCACCCUCCGCUUUGACACAGAGGUUGAGCUGGCCUAUUUCGACCAUGGUGGAAUCCUUCCAUACGUUAUUCGUCAAUUGAUGAAGCAACAAUAAUCAUUCUUCAAUUGAAAUCAGUUUUGUCCUUUCUCUUUCAGACAGCGAAGAGUUCUCAAUUGGGAGUUUUUGUUAAUAAUCGAGCACCUUGUUUUUGGUUAAUAAUUAAGCACCGUGUGAUUUGAAAUUUCAUGAACUCGUGUGCUUUAGGCUCUAAGAUUCUCAACCAUUAAAUCUUAGUGGUUUAAUUUGUUUUAAUUCUCAACCAUUAAUUCAUAGUGGUUUAAUUAAUUUCCUUAACUUGUGUUAUUGAAUUUUGUUAGCUAUCUAUCGAUUUUUUGCUUA